GCUUUUUAUUCUCUUGCUUAAUUUUAUUCUUUCCUCUCUUUUUUUUUUCUUUCUCUCUAUUCCUUUGAGUUUUCAGUAAGAUCGAUCCAAAGGUCAAUGGGUAUUCUACUUUGUUGUUUUCGAAUUACGGAACACGUUGAUGAAUCUCGAAACGUACCAAGAAUCAGAGGCUUCACUAACCCAAUAACGAAUAACUUUUCCCCCAAGUUCAAGCAACUAUUUGAAAGCCUAGAAAGAGGAGAAAUCUCCUAUGUCGCUGACGAAGAAGAAGACGUUUGCCCGACAUGUUUCUAUGAGUACGUUGAGGAGAACCCCAAGAUAGUUUUGCAAUGUGGACAUAUGUUUCACCUUGCAUGCAUCUAUGAAUGGAUGGAGAGAAGUGAAGCUUGUCCCUUUUGUUCCAAGACAAUGCUUUUCUUGAAGGGUGACGAAAUUACAGAGCAUGUGGAGUAACAAUUAUUCUUCUUCAACAAUUUGGAAAAUUUUGAUUAAAUUAUUUUUGGCUAAACUAAUAAUUUCAUUGUGGUGUUUAAUGGGAUAUAUUUAUUCUUAUUUGUGAUAUAACUCAUUUGGGACAAGUAUUAGGAGGUGGGUAGAAAAAACGCCUUGAUCUAUUCUGUUUUGAUCUACAAUUCUUAUGUAUACUUUGUUUUGUUCGUUAACAUUAACAAAGUUUGUUCUC